AUGGUGACCCGUCCAAUUCGAAAACAAAAUAAUAACUUUACCAUCUUCUGCUUGGUAACUCUAUCCGGGUGGAUUAAUUAUUCAAAAACCCAGAUCGAGAACAAUGUAUGAAUCCCAGCAACAUUUGGUAGAUUUACAGGAAAAUGGAGGUUUCGGGUCGGAUCCCAACUCAUGGUUAUCCGGCGCCGACGACCGCUCGUCUCUCAGCCGAACCUUUUCUUCUCUUUCCACCGCAGCCGCUUCCGCUGCCGCCACUGGCGAUGUCGACCGCGUUCUCUUCAACGAUCUCGUUGAGAUGGUCCCUCUCGUUCAGUCUCUCAUUGAUCGGAAAGCGAAUCCUUCAUUUACGCGACGGGGUUCUAUGAUCUGUACCAAGAUGCCCAGUAGAGAGUCGCUCUACAAGAAGGCGAUCACAACAAAAAAGCAGAGGGACCAAAACAAAAAUGUGGCGAAUAACCCAGAUGGAUGUGCUGACGAUUUCUCCAUUUUCUCUUCAAGUUCAGUGUUUUCAGAAAAGGAUAGAAAAGAUUUGGCAUCACUUAGGGAACAAGUGGAAGAUCUACAGAGAAAGCUUUCAGAAAAAGAUGAACUUCUGAAAUCAGUGGAACUUUCAAAGAAGGAGAUGGCAUCCAUCCAUGCUGAACUUGAUAACCUUAAAAACGAGGAUGCAGAAAAGGAUUUUUUGAUUAAGUCCAGUCAACUACAGCUCUCUGAUACGAAGACUAAGCUUGCUGACAAGCAAGCAGCUGUUGAAAAAUUACAAUGGGAAGCUGCGGCUUCUAACAAAAAGGUGGAGAAGCUCCAAGAAGAUCUAGAAAUGGUGCAAGGAGAUCUUUCAUCAAUGAUGUUAUUAAUUCAAGGCUUAACAAAGAGUGAUGCCCUUUCUGCUGAAGACUAUGAGGAUGUCUCUUAUCCUCUAGAUGAGUUUGACAUAGAUGAUUUGAAUGAAAUUGAGAUGCAGGAAAUGGAGGCUGCAAGAGAAGCUUAUGUUGCUGCUGUUACUGCUGCAAAAGUAGAGCAAGACGAAGGGUCUUUUGCUGCAGUUACCAGUGCUAGAUUACGUCUGCAAUCGUUAGUUAUAAAACAAAAAAUAUAAUUCCUCAGGUUUGUUACUGAAACAUUUUUCAAAUGGGCUUUACGGCCGCAUUGUUGCAUAGUGAUUACAAGUAGAAUCCUUUCUGGUUUCUCCUACAAUUUGCGUUGGGGUAAAUGGAAUGGUAUUUGAACUUUGUGGAGGUCUAAUGCUAUUCGUGUAACUAAAUCUUUAUCUCUCUCCAUUCUACGCCUUUAAUAUAUGGUAACUUUAUUGUUUUCA